ACCGUCCAUUCUCACAGUCGAUCGCUCGCAGGCUCGAUCGAUCCACCUAAUUAAGAAUUUUGCCAAUAAGCUGAGUCAAAUUUUAUUUCGAAAUGGGUUUCCUUGGCUACGGGCUCACUUUCGUUGUGGUUCUAUGUCUUUUGACUGGGUCACUGAGCAUAAAGAGUUCGCACUGGAAGGUACACAAAUGUUGCGCGAAAGUGCACCGUCCAGCUGCCAUACCCAAUCCUGUGCCAGGAUUCACUGGAUCGAGUGAAAAGAAGACUACAUCACCGCCUAUUAUGACACUUGACCCUGUGACAGGAUCCACUAGAUCGGGUGGAGAGAAGACUACAUUACCGCCAACUCCCUUGACAGCUUGUGGUAAAAAAAUCUUCAGAGCAACACUUUCCGAACUCGAGAAAGACAAGAUUCUCCAUUUUCACAAUUCGGUAAGAUUAAUGGUUGCAGAAGGACAUCACACACAAGGAAAUCCCGGACCUCAGCCAGGAUCAGAAUACUUGAACCACCUGGAGUGGGACGAUGAAUUAGCUACCGUUGCUCAAGACUGGGCCAAUCAGUGCCAGAACAGCAAAGGCGGAAAGUUGGUUAUCGAGGGCAAGGAACUUGGACAAAACUUUGUUAUGAUCAUUUCGCAUAGUUUUUGGGAACCGGACGAUAUGGUUGAAUCAUGGAAAUUAGAAAUGGAAAAUUUCGACCAUCACUUGGUCUCAUCUUACAAAGAUCCUUUGCCAACCGAAGAAUCGUAUCGUAACUAUACUCAAAUGGUAUGGGGUAAAACAACGCAUGUAGGCUGUGGUAUCGUUUAUUCCAUCACGGAUGAUGACCUUCAUCAAAGCAAUUUAGUAUGUAACUACGCUCCCCGAGGCAACAUAGUGGGCGAGCCAGUGUACAAGACACACUAAACGACGUUUAAUUAUUUUUCGUGAUAAUGGCCUUAACUACUGGAUUUUCGAUGCUCUUUUUGUUACAUACUAACCAUUUAUUGAACGCAAUAGAAAAAAGGAAGUGAAAAAAAUAAUAAUAAUAAUAACACUGCUUUUACAUAGUACGCCCACCAAAACUCGGGAAGUUGAUAAAGAAAUAAUUAGGUCCCCUUCAUAUGUGUCAACAGUAUCGGGGAAAUGAAGUUCGAAUAAAGCAACAGAUAAAGACAAA